CGUGUCUGUCCAGCCUCGACGCGUUCUGGGGGGUAUCAGAGUCGUGGCGUUGCUGAAAUGAAUGCACCAGCAAGCCCAGAUCCAAUACUACUCAGUACCUCCCCUAAGCCUUCGGAUUCACCACCCAGGUCCACUACCCCACCCCUGCCCGCCGAAGUGGCGGUUCAUGGAAAACCUACUUUUUUCAUCGAAAUAUCCAAGCCACCUUCCUUUGAGAGAGACCUAUACGAACCCGUCCCAGAUAGCUUCAACGACGGAGUCUCGUUUGGUCGUGACGAUCUCAAAGCUAUAGCAGGUGAAUGGCGCGAGGGCAGGGCCUUGUAUUAUUAUGUGCGCUUCUCAGAUGGUCUUGCACACAAGCUUCCUGCGGCUGCAUUCAAAGCUCAGUACGAGGAUCUCGUUAACGAAUAUGAGCGGAACAAGUUGGAGGGUUCUCUUGAGGCAUUUGAUCCCUCCUCGAGCACUGUUCACAAGGACUCGCGAAUCAAGCAUAUAGUCACAAUAAACGGACACUCUGUCACAUCAAAGACGUUCACCGGCAGCAUACCUCAACUUUCAGACUCUGAACUUUCUCCGCUGACAGAAACGGAUGAUUCGGACGACGAAAACGACGACGAUUUUAGCGAGCCCACUUACCGUCUCCCUACUACAAGAAGCACCAAGGCCCUCAAACAGAGCAAACUACCUUUCAGCCCCAGAAAGUUAAGAAGGCCACUCCGGUCAUCACAGACAGUUUCCGAUUCGGAGGACGAGCUUGGAGGCUAUAGCGAUGUUGAGAUGGUCCCCACGAGACCAUCGACUCGUGCUAGGAAGGCUGCACGUUUGAACCUCAAUGACGACUUUGAUAAUGAAACCAUGAGUACAGAUGACGAGGAAGGUUCGGACCGCAGGUUUGCCAAGUUAGAUGCUACGAAGAAGCCUAAGAAGCGGCGUCCCGUCCCAUCUCACCCAGCUUACGGUCAUUUUCGAGACAUUAAUGACCUUGACUUUGAUCCAUAUGACGACGAAGACACUGCUUCUCUUCGUGCACAUAGGGAAGUCUGUGAGAAAUGCCACGAAGGCCCUGCUCAUGAGUUGCUGAGAGCAGCAAUGAAGCCCAAAAGGGGUCGCCACAGGAGGAACAGUGACGCUGACCUGGAAGAGAACGAGGAAGAGCAGAUUCGGCACCUGGGUGGCUGGGUUCGAUGCCUCAAGUGCCCUGUGGCCGCUCACUGGCGAUGCCUGGCGAGCACCCAAAGGGAUGAGAUUACGAGAGCUGCUCAUUCUCGUGAUAAGGAGAGAAAAGAUCACGAGCACAUACAGGAUAUAUCUGCUGCAAAUGGAUUGCCAGAUAGAAAGGAGCUUGGUAUCGACCAAACCACCGAGUUCAUCUGUGGUGCUUGCAUGAAAGGUGGCAUAUGCAUGGGAUGCGGCGAAGUAGCUUUGGAACCUCGGCAACAUAUUGGCGAUCCGAUUGCACCGAAGGAAUCUAGUCCUUCAGCGCAACUGGUCGUCGAUGUCACCGCUGAAGUUGAGAAGCCUAUUGAUAGCAAUCAUGCUACAGCUUCUGGCGCACUGAAGCCCUCAAGAGAGCUUCUAUUUCGUUGCGUCUCAUGCAAGAGGCUUGCCCAUUAUCAGCACUUACCCGAUCCUGACAAUGACGAACCAUCGUACUCAGAUGCAGAACGGGCAGAGCACUACCAGUCGAACAACGACUGGCAGUGUGCCGAUUGCGCAUCCUUCGUUUAUCCUUUGGACAAGAUACUUGCUUGGCGUUUCUUUCCGCCAGAUGCGACGGAACCCAAGUCAGUGGACUAUACGCCGGACAUCAAGGCUUCUCUGCCUAGGGAAUACUUGGUGAAAUGGUCAGAAAGGAGUUACCGCAGAGUUCAAUGGGUCCCUCACAUGUGGCUUGUCUCUACCCAUUUCGCAAAGCUCAAAAACUUUCUGGCCAGUGGCCCUAAAGUUGAGCUACUAGAAGACCCUGUCAUGACUUCUGGGGAUACUGAGACUGACAAAACCACCUUUGAGCCUGGGAUUGUUACAGCGCCGAAAGUUCAACGCCGAACUAAACUAGAUCAUUUCGCACCUCAACCACUAAAGGACGCGGAACUUCGAAUUCCACCAGUGUGGAAGACAGUCGACCGUGUUUUGGAUGUGCAACUCUGGCAUCCGCCCGCUGCGAUGGAAAUGCGCCGCCGUCAGCGUCAGUAUAUUGCAACUAGCGAUGAUGACGAUACGGUCACCAUGCCUAAGGGUCUUCAAUUGCAAUGGGAGCGUGCCUUCAACGACGGCGAGCAGCCGGACAACGCUUUACUGGAAUCUGUCGACGAGUGGGAGACCAGGACCAAACGCAAGUUAGACAAGGAAGACAUCAAUCAAGUUGUAUGGGCAUUUAUCAAAUGGGAGGAUCUCGGGUACGAGGAAGUGACCUGGGACUCGCCGCCCCGUCCCGGCGAGCCAGGAUAUUCCGCAUUUGAACGGGCUUUCGUAUCCUUCCUUGAGUCUCGUACUAUUUCCGUCCUUAAAUCCCCAAAGGAAAUGCAGAGACUUGAUAAUCGACGCCGUGAUGGUUAUGCGUCGCAUGUUAUCGAUUCAACAACAGAAGAACAGCCAAAGUUGGGACAGAGUGAUCAGUUGAAACUGAUGAAAUUCCAGAUCGAUGGGCUAAACUGGCUCUGUGAUAACUGGUGGAUUCGGCAGCCAUGCAUAUUAGCCGACGAAAUGGGACUCGGAAAAACAGUGCAAAUAGUAACUUUUCUAGGGAGGCUGGUCGGCGAAUUCAAAGCUGCUCCGGCUUUGGUUGUCGUUCCCAACAGCACGAUUACUAAUUGGGUCCGGGAGUUCUCUCGUUGGGCGCCGAGACUCAGAGUGGUACCAUUUUAUGGCGAAGCUAAGUCGAGGGACGUGGUCAUUCAGUACGAACUGUUCCAUGGUUCGACCAAACGUGGAGCAGCGAAUCCGAAAUACCACGUGCUGAUCACGACCUAUGAGACUGUAACCAGUAACCGUGAUUUUGCUGUCGUUUUCAGAAAUAUCCCUCGCUGGGAAGUUCUGGUGGUGGAUGAAGGUCAACGACUCAAGAGCGACACGAGUUUGUUGUUCCGGAAGCUCAACGAGCUAAAUGUCGUGCACCGCGUCAUCAUGACAGGAACCCCGUUGAACAACAACAUCCGGGAACUUUUCAACUUAAUGAAUUUCCUCGAUCCAAAUCAAUGGAACGACCUCGAAACCCUUGCUAAGGAGUACGAGGUCCUCAACGAAGACCUUGUCCGGCAACUCCACGCAAGACUGAAGCCAUACUUUUUGCGCCGUAUCAAGAGUGAUGUCCUCCAACUUCCUCCAAAGAACGAGGUUAUUGUCCCAGUCUCGAUGAGUCCGUUACAGAAAGAGGUUUACCGUUCUAUCCUAAGCCAAAACCUGCAAAUCCUCAGUAACCUCGUACGAUCCUCGUCUGCAGCCGUGCAGCAUGGCCGGUCGCUGUCGAUCAAGGCCAAUUUGAACAACCUAUUGAUGCAACUGCGAAAAUGCCUGCAACACCCGUAUCUUAUCUCAGAUACCAUAGAACCCGCAGGUCUACCCCUUGCUGAGGCUCACGAGAGAUUGAUUAGCGCAAGCGCUAAACUUCGACUGCUAAAGUGCUUGUUACCCAAGCUGAAAGCACGCGGUCAUCGCGUCUUGUUAUUUAGUCAGUUUGUCCUGGUGCUCGAUAUUGUGGAGGACUUCUUGACAGGAGAAGGCUACAAGUUUUUAAGACUGGACGGGGACACGAAGCAAAGCGUUAGGCAGAAAGGCAUGGACGAAUUCAAUCAGCCUGACUCCGACGUCUUCAUAUAUAUCCUCACUACACGUGCCGGAGGUGUCGGCAUCAAUCUCUACACGGCAGAUACUGUGAUCAUAUUUGACCCGGACUUCAACCCCCACCAGGAUUUGCAAGCAAUUUCCCGUUCGCAUCGGUAUGGUCAACAGAAGACUUGUCUUGUUUUCAAACUCAUGGUCAAAGACUCUGCUGAGGAAAAAAUAAUGCAAGCUGGGAAGAAGAAGCUUGUCCUCGACCACCUGAUCGUCCAGAAGAUGGAUGACGAUGAGAAUGGCGCAGGGGAUUUGGAGUCAAUACUAACUUUUGGUGCAAAGGAGCUUUUCGAAGAAAACGACCAAAAUGCGCGUGACAUAGUGUAUACCGACAAUGACCUUGAUAAACUCAUCGAGAAGACUGAGGUUGAAGGGGAACAAGAAGAAGUUACAAAGGACGGGGGCUUGAAGUUCAGUUUUGCAAAGGUAUGGGCCGCAAAUAAGGGCACGUUCGAGGAUAUUGGCAAUGAGACACCGGAACCUCACGAUGAUUCAUGGGCCCAAACUUUACAACGCAUAGCGGUGGCGAAGAAUACAUCCCAAGUACACGAAGCGACGGGCCGCGGAGUUCGUCGCAAGGCAGCGGCGUCUUUCCCUCAGCAACGGCUGGAUCAUAUAGAGGGUUUGGAAGAUAGCCCCCAGGCGAGCAAGAAGAGAUGGAAGAAGGACCGUUCGUCCAAACCUGGCACAUCUUCGGAUUCUGAUGCAUGGGCUGCAUCCAAUCAUGCUGAAGAUUCUGACUCUUCUGUGGUAUCCAUGAAUGCGGAACCAGACCCCUCCAUGAAGCGUAAGAGGCGCGAAAUCCACGGAUUGACAACAGGUGUCCAGACUAUCCAACGCGACGUUGGCCAGAAGUGUGGCCUCUGCGAUAGUGUUCAUGCCGGCACAUGCACGAUGACCGAAAACUCAAUAAAUCUGGUGGAAUAUCGCGCGAUGCUGCUUCAUUCAAAUGAUGAGCCAGCAGAAACAAGGAAUGCCGCAAUCGAAGCGAUAGACCAAGAGCUUCAACGACGUGGACAAUGGCAUUUGAUAGUUGGUCAAAUGCCAAGACCUACAAAGACGACCGCUAAGAAGAAGACAACACAGAAAUGGGCUUCGAAUCCCCCGCUUGCGGUGUCCUCGUCCCAUACUCUGGGUGGUCUGUCAUCCCAACCCCGCAAGUUUCCUCCUGUUGCAGUGCCACCGUCCGCUCCUGCCACUGACGUACGAGCCCCCGUACCCCGACUCCAACCACCGCUGUUUGCGAGCAAACCAUCUACCCUGAUUCCCUACCAGAACAAACAAGGGAAGGGAGCUGACCGUUUCCAAAUGCUAAGCAACUCCCAUCCUGAUUCUUCCACUCUUCCGUCAAAGCGCGAAAGGUCGCCUCACGCCGAAGUAGGGAUGGUCCCAAAGAAGCCCAAACCAGCCACAUCAGUCCGGUGUGUGGUAUGCCGAGGACCUUAUCAUUUGGUUAAGGAUUGUCCAGUGGUCGCCGAGGGCCCGACAAGCAUUGCGAGGCAGAUAGUGCGGUUAUCUGAAGACCCGACUCACGGGCACACUGUCAGUGUUCUUAGGCACCUUCUAGAGAAGCAAAGACGAUAAUAAACCUCUCUAGGAAAGGGACGGCUCACCCCAGUCUUGACUCCAGUGUAAUAUAGAGCACCAGACAUAGCGUACUGCAUGUUAUUAAUUACAGGCGUCAAUAAGCGAG